ACGGCGCGGCGGCAAGAACACAAUGCCAAACACUAUCGAGAACUAUUGAAGGGUCAAGUCGAAUCCUGUAGGAUAAAAACGUAAACAAAGUUGGCAUAAUUCCCAAGUUGUAUACUACUGCGAGUGAGUGCAUCUACUUUACUAAUAGUAAUAUAAUAUCUUGUUCAUCAUGAUGAUCAUCAUCAUGGGCUGUUAACAACAGUGUAUAGUGUUGGUUAUUAAUAUUACUGACGAUCAAUGAAAAUAAAACACUGAACAGCAAGCAAGUCAAGUCAGGAACUAGGAAGUGCAUGUUGGUCGGCUGACAUCGCAUGGUAGAUUGUUAUCAGUUAUUCUUCAAACCAAAGCAUUCUUCAGACUCAAGACAUCAGCACGGGAUUUAAGAGGACUUGAGAAGGAGGUGUUUCUGACCAUGGAGUACCAUCAUGUUGCUGUUUUUUCUUGGCUCCUCUUGAUGUAUGCAGGAACAGUUAGUGCCACUCUUUCAUUGGAUCAAGAAGGCACUCAUGUUUGUACUAGGACAGAAAGUUACCAUAUAACAGUACAAGGAUCUCAACAAGAGCCGUUUGAACAAGUGUACUACACAAGCUGUACUGACAUCUUGAACUGGUUCAAAUGUACGAGGAGGAGGUUGUUAUAUCGGACUAGUUAUCGGCAGGAGGUACGGACACAAUUUCGUGAUGUUAGAGAAUGCUGUAAUGGAUAUGCACAGAGUGGCACAGUUUGCAUUCCAAUCUGUGCUGAUGGAUGUGUACAUGGUGAUUGUACGUCUCCUGGUGUGUGUACAUGUAGCACCGGCUAUCGAGGAAUCUCAUGUGAAAGUACUUGUCUAGCCAACCAGUGGGGACCUAACUGUGCCAAUGCCUGUACUUGCCUCAAUGAAGCAGCAUGUGAUGCAUCAUCCGGUAACUGUACCUGUACUGCUGGAUACAGAGGUACUAACUGUGACUCUCCAUGUCAACAAGGACAUUUUGGGUCGGAUUGUUUACUGAACUGCCAGUGUCUGAAUGGAGCAACAUGUCACCAUGUCACAGGGGAGUGUACAUGUGCACCGGGCUACCAAGGAGCAUUAUGUGAAAGCCGUUGCCUAGAUGGAACCCAUGGUGCAGACUGUUCCCAACAGUGUCGAUGUCAAAACAAUGGCACCUGUGAUCAUGUGUCAGGAAUGUGUGAGUGUCUUCCAGGCUUUAUGGGUGAUGUAUGUGCUGAGUCUUGCCAACGUGGUACCUAUGGGAAAGACUGUGCAAGCUUCUGUCAAUGUUACAACCAGUCACCGUGCCAUGGUGUGACUGGUGAAUGUCAAUGCAGACCAGGCUAUACAGGACAGAGAUGUGAAAUGCAAUGUCCUCCUGGUUUCUUUGGUCAAGACUGUAUUGGUUUAUGCCAAUGUCUGAAUGGUGGAACCUGCUCCAAUGUAGACGGUACUUGCAGAUGUCCACCUGGGUUUACAGGAGCAAUAUGUGACCAAAGUAUAUGCCCGCUUUGGUACUACGAGACUGACUGUCUAAUGGAGUGUUCAUGUAUUAAGGAACACUCUUUUGCUUGUCAUGGUUUGACCGGUCAGUGUUUCUGCACGGAUGGCUUCGUUGGAAGGAAUUGUGAGUAUGGAUGUCCACAUGGCUUAUACGGUUCAGGCUGCUAUGAGAUAUGUCAAUGUGAAUACGGUGCACGCUGUGAUAGAGUGGAUGGCUCCUGUACAUGUAGAUCCGGAUAUCAGGGACUUAUAUGUAAUGAAACAUGUCCAGCCGGUACCUAUGGGAAUGGGUGUGCGGGUCUGUGUGACUGCCAAAAUGGGGCUACAUGUGAUCACAUUGAUGGUAGCUGUAUGUGCAGUAAUGGUUGGCUAAGUGUAAAGUGUGAUACUCCUUGCAGUGCUGGUUUAUAUGGUGAGGGUUGUAACCAGCCAUGUGCAUGUGCCAAUGAUGCUCUAUGUCAUCAUAUUACUGGAGCAUGUGAAUGCCCACCGGGUUGGACUGGAACCUCAUGUAAUCUCAUAUGCAGUGAUCGUAAAUAUGGAAAGAACUGCAUGCAUAGCUGUGAUGCAACAUUGUGCAGUGCUACAACCUCUAGUGGCUGCCACAGUAUCACAGGGAUGUGUAAAUGUACAGGAAGUUAUACAGGUGUACAUUGUGACAACCCAUGUCCUCUAGGAUUCUGGGGUAGUUCAUGUAAUAUGACAUGCAACUGUAUGCAUAGUGGAUCUUGCUCAAUACUGGAUGGAUCAUGUGAAUGUCAGCCUGGAUACACAGGCAAUGCCUGCCAAAAUACUUGUCCGACCGGUUUCUAUGGCCCAGACUGUAUACAUACCUGCCCAUCUUGCACUUCUAGUAACAAUAACUGCCAUCCAGUCCAUGGGACCUGUGUCUGCUCAGCUGGGUAUAUAGGAUACAAUUGUGACCAAGUGUGUGAGAGGGAUUACUAUGGGCUUGAGUGUAUAGAAAGAUGUACAUGUCAGAACAAUGCAUCAUGUCAUCCUGUAGAUGGGAGAUGUGAUUGCCAGCCUGGAUGGAUAGGCACUGAUUGUCAACUAGGAUGUCCUGAUGGUAAAUACGGCAUUAAUUGUGCAUUUGACUGUCUGUGUCAUAAUGGUGGAACAUGUCAGGUGUUUGAUGGAGAGUGUAAAUGCCCUUCAGGAUGGACUGGUCCAAUAUGUACAGAAAGAUGCCCACUUGGUAUGUUUGGCCUUGACUGUAGUGAACCCUGCCAGUGUAAUUUCACUAACACCAAAGCGUGUAUUCCUGAAUCUGGAUUCUGUGAAUGUAAGGUUGGAUUUAGAGGACAACUCUGCAGUGAAGUUUGUAAUAAGGGACAGUAUGGCCCAUCUUGUCAGUUCAAUUGUGACUGUUUAAAUGAUGCUUCAUGCCAUCCCAUCACUGGAGAAUGUCACUGUGCACCAGGCUGGACUGGAACCAAGUGUGAAAUACAAUGUUCAAGUGGUCUUUUUGGCCAAGGUUGUCUCCAGGCUUGUACAUGUCCUCUUAAUAAUCAAUGUGAUCAUGUGACAGGAAGCUGUGAUUGCCCUGCAGGGUUUGGGGGUAUGUCUUGCCAGACACCUUGUGUGAAUGGAUUCUUUGGUAAGGGCUGUCUGCAGAAGUGUGAGUGUAAGAAUGAGAACUACUAUUGUGAUGUCAUCAAAGGCUGUGUGUGUUCCAAUCCAGACUAUGGACCUGAAUGCAACCUAGGAGGUACUAAAGGUGCACAAGUAGAUGGAUUGGGAGGAGGAACUGUUGCUGGGCUAGGCAUUGGAGUCCUUCUUUUCAUAGCUCUCCUCUUACUCAUCAUUUUCUUCUUGAGGAAACGAAGGAAUAAGAGACAGAAUUUUGAUGGACCUCCUGUUGUGUACACUCGUGAGGUGAAUGACACCCCGAAUCAUGCCCGUAAUUUACCCAAUGGUUAUACGGGUGCCAAUGGUGACCUGAAACUACAAAACAAUCCACUCUUCCUCUCUUCUAUUAAGAAUGCAGAGGCAGAUGGAGCUUGUGCAGCAGCUAUGGCUCUCGAGAGUAAAGAGGCAGAGGUUGAGGCUACUAACCCUUAUCAAUACCACAUGUUACCGUCACAAGAUCCGUAUGAGGCUUUUGGUGACGUCAACUGCUUUGAUGGCACAGUACCUAACAAGUUAACACAGGGCAAAGGCAAAAAGUUUGCUAAUGAUGGCUUCACACCCGAAGCCUGUGCGCCAGAGAACCACUACACCGAGAUAGGAGACAUGAUUUCUAGAAAUCGACCUCCACCUCAAAGCUCUGAUGUCACUCAAGAGCCCUCGUUAUUCUCAGCCAGUGCAGGUAUAUUACUACCAGAGGAGGCAUCUCAUUACGAUCACCCUAGAGAUCAUGCAGACAGCUUUGAUUCUAUUACUCCGGAGGGAUAUCCUGAUGGACCUGGCCACUUCUAUAGCGCUUCAUUUAAAUAGUUGAUACAACAACAAGAAAGGCUUCUACAACCCUGAUGGACCUGGCCACUUCUAUAACGCUUCAUUUAAAUAGUUGAUACAACAACAAGAAAGGCUUCUACAACCCUGAUGGACCUGGCCACUUCUAUAACGCUUCAUUUAAAUAGUUGAAACAACAACAAGAAAGGCUUCUACAACCCUGAUGGACCUGGCCACUUCUAUAACGCUUCAUUUAAAUAGUUGAUACAACAACAAGAAAGGCUUCUACAACCCUGAUGGACCUGGCCACUUCUAUAACGCUUCAUUUAAAUAGUUGAAACAACAACAAGAAAACUCCUGAUCUCUGCAAUGUACAAUUGGUAUCACUAUUGUUAUUAUUACACAGCUACAGUGUGACCUGCCUAUAUGAAAUGAUAAGUAUAUAUUACUUUCUUUAGAUGAGGCGGCACACAGAUACUCUGUCAGUUAUGGUUAUGCAUCAGUGGUUCUGCGGCAAGUUAUUUCUUUACAUUGCAAGUUGGACCCUCAAUUUGCCGUAGAUGCUCAUUUCAUUGGCUAUUAGGUCUAUAGAUCCAGAUUGGUUAAUAUUAAAACAGCAAUAUUUGAGGUUUACAUGUUAACAGUAAAGUUGAGCUACUCUUUUGAAUAACUUGUGUUGGUUGAGGCCCUGAUUGGCAAGGGCCAUUGGACGAUGCUGUAGAGAGGGCGUGUCUCUAUUAUGUGCAACUUAUAGUGUUACCUUUCUGGAUAAAACUUCAUCGCGUAAAAUGCUGAAGUGCAAAUCCAGAUGUGAAAUUGAAGCACUAGUAAAAAAUUAUAUCGUUUAAAAUUGUAUAAAUUGAGUAUGACUUCUUUCAAAAGGUAACAUGUCCACAAAAACGUGGGAUUGGUAUAAUAUUCAGUAUUAAUAAAGACACUUAAUGCACAAGUUUUUAAAUCUGAACAAGGUGUACAAAUUGAUAAGGCUCUCUGUGAGUGCGGUAAAGAUGUAAAUAAAAUUCUACUGUGACAAUAUCAUUAUGGGUAGUUAGGGAACAAUAAAUUACUUCUAAAUUAAAUUGCUAAUAUUAAGAUUGACAUUUAUGGUCAUAAGAAACUGCUACGGGUGGGCAAUGCCUCGUGUAGCUUACAGUUAUAAUCACAUUGCCAGUUAAACAAACAUUUACCUUCACAUUCCUAUCACAGAAGAGAAAAUCAUUUAAUUUCUAAAAAAAUGAAAAGCAUUUCUGGUGAAUAUGCAAAGAGUGCCAAAGGUAGAAUGGAACGUUAGUCUUAGACUUUGAUACUAAAAAUGAUGCGGAAAUGUUCUGAAACUAAAUGAUUGUUAACAUCUGUUUUUAGCAACUGCCAAUGUUAUGAAAAAGCAAGUACACCCAAUGGUUCAUAGUUACUCACAUUGUCUCAUGCAUUCUCAAAUAAUGACCAGGUGUACUUAAUGAGGGAUUUUAUACCUUGUACAAAGUUUAUAAAUCGGUUGAAUCACAUAUAAUUUGUGUUUUUUGCUGCUUAUAAUUGAAAUGCCUUGAAUGUUCACCCACCUUCAAAUGUGAAUUGCUAAUUGGGUAUUCAGUGGGAAUGGUUAUCUAAGUGUAUAGAUUUUAAAGUGUACAAAUAAUCAAAUGCAUUUUCCAUGUACAAAUACUCUUAGCUGUUGUCUAUGUUGAUGUUGUACAUGUAUGCAUAUAUUUUGAUAAUAUACAUGUAUUUUGGCAAUUUUUUUUUCUUUAUAUAUACAAAUUUUAAAUACUUAAAUUAUUGCGAUGUAAAAAAAGGGUAAACUGCAACUGUUUAGAGGGGAAAGUAAAUAAGAAAUGAAAUUAGGAUUAGUAUUUCCAAUUUAUGGAAUAAUUUGAAACUUAAAUUGUCUGAACUGAGACCCCAUGCUAUACUAGAUUAUACAUCAGGGCUUGUCGUUAUUGGAGGAAACAUUCACUUGUUAUGAAAUAUAAAUGGUAUCAAGAAUUGAUACUUGAUAGUUAUUGUGGCAAGAUAUAUUUUUACAAACUCAACCCAUUUGGUUAUUGAAGGAUUAUUCCCUAUAAAAAGUGCUCAAGCAAAUCAUGAAGUAUUGACAAGAGCCACAUUCUAGUUUACAUAUAAAGCAUAUCAGGGUACACAACACAGCCAGGGUAGGCCAAUUGCAGUAUAAACCUUCUCUGAACCUUGUUUGGAGUGGGUAUUUUUUUGUAUACUUUAUAAAUCCAGCCAUCUUUGUAGGAAUUGAAUAAAAACCCAGAAAAAUGUGUUAUGUUUUUACAGCCAAAGUAGUCAGGAUUAUGUCUUUCAUUUGAAACCAUGAAAUACUUCUAAAGAAGAUGGAGGUGGACAUAAUUGAUCACAUUUUAGGAAACAAGUUGACAUCAACCCAAGAAUAAUGUUAUGCCUGCUACCAUCAAUUCUCCAACUGUUCGUGUCCAAAUAUUUCAAACAACAUUGAUAGUAGUUUGUCGUAAUUAUUUUAUCUGUACAUUUAUAAUAGAAAAUCCUGCUUUUUGAUAAAUAAUGCAGGAUUUAAGUUUGUUGAUCAAUGAGAUAUGCAAUAGCAACCAGCAAUUUUAUGACAACAUUUUAAUUAAUUUUUUAACCUUGAACCUAUCAUUGUAGUUAAGCCAUCAUCUAUCUUGAGUUGAAACAGAAGUAUUUAUAUUUGAAUAUCUUUUGUGAUGAAGUGGUUGUUGAUUAAUCACUAAACUACAUAACAGACUGCAAUAUUACUUGAAACAGGCGUGAUAUUCUUCCUACUUUAGUCUGAUUUACGAUUGUUUAUUUCUUUUUUCUCAGAAAAAUUAGGGAAAUUGUGAUUGAAUUAGCUUAAAGGCAGUGGACACUAUUGGUAAUUACUCAAAAUAAUUAUUAGCAUAAAAACUUACUUGGUAACGAUU